GUGGGGUUUAGAGGAAGCGGAAGUGUCAGUGCAAGCGGAAGUGGUACUGCCCUGAAUAUCCAGAGUAGCGAGACGGAGGACGGAGAGAAAGACUCCCAUCGUCCACAGACAAAAGCAGGACUAAAAGUACAUUACUAAUCUUGAAGAUGGACAAGAGCGACCUGGUUCAGAAGGCCAAGCUGGCGGAGCAGGCGGAGCGCUACGAUGACAUGGCAGCGGCGAUGAAGGCCGUUACGGAGCAGGGCCACGAGCUCUCCAAUGAGGAGCGCAACCUGCUCUCCGUGGCCUACAAGAAUGUGGUGGGCGCCCGCCGCUCGUCCUGGCGCGUCAUCUCCAGCAUCGAGCAGAAGACCGAGAGCAACGAGAAGAAGCAGCAGAUGGCGCGCGAGUACCGCGAGAAGAUCGAGGGCGAGCUGCAGGACAUCUGCAACGAUGUGCUGGGACUUCUCGACAAGUACCUCAUUGCCAAUGCAAGUCAGGCAGAGAGCAAGGUGUUCUACCUGAAAAUGAAAGGGGACUAUUAUAGAUACCUGUCUGAAGUGGCAUCUGGAGACUCCAAGAAAACUACGGUUGAGAAUUCCCAGCAGGCCUAUCAGGAGGCCUUUGAAAUCAGCAAGAAGGAGAUGCAGCCCACACACCCUAUCAGACUGGGGCUGGCGCUCAACUUCUCCGUUUUCUACUAUGAAAUCCUCAACUCUCCCGAGCAGGCCUGCUCCCUGGCAAAGACGGCUUUCGAUGAAGCAAUCGCUGAACUUGACACCUUGAAUGAGGAUUCUUACAAAGAUAGCACUCUGAUCAUGCAGCUACUAAGGGACAACCUCACUCUGUGGACAUCAGAAAACCAGGGUGAUGAUGGCGAUGUUGGCGACGGAGAUAACUAAUGUCACAUAGCGCCCUCACUUCCCCGUGUCCCGUAUAGUACUCACGUACAGCCCAUAAGUUUUGACAACCUGUAUCGUAUACCCAUAGAGCCAAUAUGUUUCCACAUCCCCGAAUCAUGCACACACACGUCCCCGCAACCGGUGUCGUUCACAUAGAGCCCGUGCAGCUCCAUGUCCUGUACUGUACACACAUACAGUCUGCGCGUCCCCCUGUCCUGUAUUUCACACGUGCGCACACACGUACAGCCCAUUGCCCCCAACUUCAUUUGGACUCCCUUUCUGUAUGGCAAGCAGCACGAAUUGUACCCGGCCUGUCAGUCAUGCCCUUUGCAGAAAACCCAAAAGUAACCAAAUAACAGUCAGUCAACUGGCACAAUUUUUGGAUGAAUAUUAUCAAGUGGAAAAUCACCCCCCCCACCACCCCGCCUCGCUACCGGUUCCGUUAUUAUUAUUUUUUUUUUAAUUCUCCCAUGCAGGUUGUGAAUUAUCAUAUUCUUCAUUUUUUAAAGUCUUUUUGUUUUAUAGUGUACCAGCAUUUGCAGGUUUUAUUCAAAGGUUAUUAAAGUGACGGUUUAUUUUCACCAAA